AUGUUUCUUCGUAGCGAUGUAAGUUUGCUUAAAUAAAUCAUUUAUGUCGAUCAGUUUCCCAUCUUGUUUUCUCAAUAUUUCCUUUAACAUCGCCGUUUCAAAAAUUGUAAUUUUUCCAAAACCGACUGUGAAUGGGGGAUUAAUGUUUUUUUAAGCAUGUGGAAGACAAUUUACUUUUCUAAACGUAAUGACCGCUUAGUCUAUCAGACGGCACUGUUAAUACGAUCUACUUGGUACAAAAGUUCCAAAACAGUAUGUUUGUUAUUUUCACAUCGGGUACAAAUUACAUUUAAAAGUAAUGAUUAAGUUAUUUCGAUAUGAUUAGUGACAGUUCAAAUCAUCGUCUGAUUUAUAAUCCCCUUCUCGUCCAUAACACGAGCAGUAGAGGCUUUUUCGCUAUAGCAACGGUUCAACAGUUUGCAUCGUUUAAAGUUCUCUCCUACUGUACAUAUUUACAUACCUGAAUCAUCGUGAGCUCCAUAUGUUCAGAUCCAAUAUUCAGAACUGGAAUUUUUGUUUGACUUUGCCCAAAAGAUGGACGGCAGUUAUACGUGGUUGAGUGCGUUGUGUUUGAUUCUUUAUGAAUGUAGAACAACAGGGUUUGGGCUCCAGUACACUUAGAAAGACCCUUUAUUUCUCCUAGAUGUACGCGUCAGUAAACAUUUAAGUUCUCAAAAGACCUCGGUAGGCUUAACUUAACGUCAAAUUUUAAAACAAAAUCCUUUAAUUACGGCAGUUAUAAUUGGUUUAUUAUUGAAACCUUACUUUUGUUCGCAGGUACCCGAUGAAACCGAGUGUUUCGACGGAACAUCAGGUUCCAACAAUACUUUCCGCCUUUUUCUCACUGCUGCUUCCCUGCAAAAUUCACCGAACCUUAGUCAACAGACUGAAUACCGACUUGCCUGUGACUCCUCUUCCUUCUCCGUGUCGGACACCUCCCUCAGAUGUGAUCCGAUUUCAAGUCUGAGCUCGCGCAACCACUACUUUACAUUCCUGAUGCAGACUCGGAUACAACCCUUUGCCAUCGUCCUAACCCUCAUCUGUAACAGCCUACUGGCCUACACCAUUACUCGGCCUGCGAUGCGAACUCCGACAAAUCUCCUUCUUCUUGGCAUCGCCAUGGCUGAUCUCCUCACCGGUCUUCUUCCCCUACCCAUCUACCUCCUAUACUUUACUGACGUCUUCGAUACCCACCUGACCGUUUUUAAAUCCUACGCAAGCUACACUCUUUCCGUCUCCCUACCUACAGUAUUUCACACUGUGUCCAUCUGGCUCACCCUCUUGCUGGCCAUUCAGCGUUUCAUUUACAUCACUAUGCCACUGUCUAUUCAGCGGCAUUGCAUCUGCAAAUUUAGCGGCGUUUGGGCUGCCCUUGGUCUUACUGUUUUGCUCGCGGUCAUACAUCAUUCCAACGCUUUUUUGACUACAUUUGAGGAGGGAAUCAACCUCUGCUACGAGGCCAACAAUACCAGUGGUGGUAACGGUGAGCUUCAGAGCUUACAGAAAAACCGGGUGAUAACCUUUCAAGCAGUCCUCUUGAAGUGUACUCCUCUGCCGGAAAGCACCUUCUUCAUUCUGCUCUUCCUUCGCGUUCUGACGAUUCAUCUAGGUCCCAGUGUCUUUCUCUGCGUGCUUACAGCCUACAUGAGCUAUGAACUCCACCAGAUUGGCAAGAAACGUGAACAACUGCUGAUGAAGAACAGCAAGAUGGGUGAGCUGGUGACAGCUUUGAUGCGUGCGGACCAGAAUAUGGAAAGGCGUCCGAGCAGGAAGGACAAAAUUGGGGACGCCUUUAAGACCUCCAAGAUUAUGCUUGUUGUGCUGGGAAUAUUUCUGAGUGUGGAACUUCCGACGACAGUAUUCAUUGUCACCUAUGCGGUCAUGAUUGCCUGCAAAGUGCCUCCACCCCCGGGAAUGGCGGAGGUAGUUCUUCCUUCUUCUGCAAUUUAG